GUACAGUACAAUUAUCAAAGGAACCUCCUUUCCCUCUCUCUCUCUCUCUCUGGUUCUCUGCCUCUGAGUCUUGAGUGGCAGAGUUUUGUCUGCCAACUCCAGAGCCCUGUGAUUGUGAGGUCAUGUGUUUUGUUGUGGGUUGAGCGCUGAAUAAAAAACAACAGAAGGAAGGAAGAAAGGGAAGGGAGGGUCUCUCUUCUCUCUCUCUCUCUUCCUCUCGUGUGUGUUUCUUGGGAAUAGAUUUUUGGGUUUUCUGGAGAAUUUUAGGGAAGUACUUUGGGGGAAGAAGUUCUAUUUUCUUUGGUUGAUCCUGUGGGCUGAGGAUGAGCUGGGCGGCCUGCCCCACCUGGAAGGAAUAGCAAAUUGUAGCUGCUAUCACCAGUCCAAAUACAGGGAUGAGCUUUUGGAGAUAGAAGAAAGAGUCGAUUAAGUUUGCAGAGAUGGCUUCAACAGUUGAAAUUUAUGGAGACAGUGAUGAUACCAAUAAUAGAGGCAGCAUGUGGGUUUUGGAUCAGAAGCUUGAUCAGCCCAUGGAUGAGGAGGCUGGUAGGCUCAGAAACAUGUACAGAGAGAAGAAAUUUUCGGCUUUGUUGCUUCUCCGGCUAUCGUUCCAGAGUCUCGGAGUGGUUUAUGGUGACUUAGGCACGUCUCCCUUGUAUGUCUUCUACAAUACUUUCCCAAAGGGAAUUCGGGAUCCAGAGGAUGUGAUUGGGGCUCUUUCCUUAAUUAUAUACUCUCUCACCCUCAUCCCGCUCCUCAAAUACGUCUUCAUCGUCUGCAGAGCAAAUGACAAUGGUCAAGGGGGAACCUUUGCUCUAUACUCUUUGCUUUGUCGACAUGCAAAGAUUAAAACCAUCCCAAACCAACACCGGACUGAUGAAGAACUUACAACGUACAGUCGCUCCACAUUCCCUGAGAAAUCAUUUGCAGCAAAAACACAGAAGUGGUUGGAAAAGCACUCGUCCAGGAAAAAUGGACUCCUCAUACUCGUCCUCGUUGGCACUUGCAUGGUGAUUGGGGAUGGAAUCCUCACUCCUGCUAUAUCAGUUCUUUCUGCUGCUGGAGGGAUCAAGGUGGACCAUCCGCGAAUGAGCAAUGAUGUAGUCGUGCUUGUGGCUGUUGCGAUCCUGGUAGGCCUCUUCAGCAUGCAGCACUACGGCACAGAUAAAGUUGGAUGGCUUUUUGCCCCGAUUGUCCUUCUUUGGUUCCUAUUAAUCGGAGGUGUCGGUGCAUUCAACAUAUGGAAAUAUGACAGUAGUGUUCUGAAAGCCUUCUCCCCUGUGUACAUAUAUCGGUAUCUGAAACACGGAGGAAAAGAUGGUUGGACCUCACUCGGAGGCAUCCUUCUCUGUAUAACAGGGACUGAGGCACUUUUUGCGGACCUGGCCCAUUUUCCAGUUUCAGCUGUACAGCUUGCCUUCACAAUAGUUGUGUUUCCUUGCCUUCUCUUAGCCUAUUCGGGUCAAGCUUCCUACCUGAUGAUGAACAAGGAGCACGUCUAUGAUGCCUUUUAUCGAUCCAUUCCUGAUGCCAUAUACUGGCCCAUGUUUAUAGUUGCGACUUUAGCUGCAAUAGUGGCUAGUCAGGCGACAAUUUCUGCCACAUUCUCGAUAAUCAAGCAGGCACUUGCGCUUGGGUGCUUUCCGAGAGUCAAAGUUGUACAUACCUCAAAGAAGUUUCUCGGACAGAUCUAUAUUCCCGACAUGAAUUGGAUCUUGAUGGUCCUCUGCAUUGCUGUGACCGCUGGUUUCAAGAAUCAAAGCCAAAUUGGAAAUGCUUAUGGUACAGCAGUAGUUAUAGUUAUGCUCGCAACAACCUUGCUCAUGACUCUGAUCAUGAUCUUAGUGUGGCACUGCCACUGGCUUCUCGUUCUGCUCUUCACUGGACUAUCCCUGGGAGUUGAGUGCACUUACUUCUCGGCGGUGCUCUUCAAGGUUGAUCAGGGCGGGUGGGUCCCGCUGGUGAUUGCAGCGGCCUUUCUUGUCAUCAUGCAUGUCUGGCACUACGGGACACUGAAAAGGUACGAGUUUGAGAUGCAUAGUAAGGUGUCAAUGGCGUGGAUUCUUGGGCUUGGCCCCAGCUUGGGACUCGUCCGAGUUCCAGGGAUCGGGCUUGUCUACACCGAGCUAGCAAGUGGAGUCCCCCGCAUCUUCUCCCACUUCAUUACCAACCUUCCAGCGAUCCAUUCCGUUGUGGUAUUUGUCUGUGUGAAGUAUCUUCCUGUGUAUACAGUCCCCGAGGAAGAAAGGUUCCUUGUGAAGAGAAUUGGGCCCAAGAAUUUCCACAUGUUUCGCUGCGUUGCAAGAUAUGGGUACAAAGACCUCCAUAAGAAAGACGACAAUUUCGAGAAGAAACUCUUUGACAGCCUCUUCUUGUUCGUAAGGCUCGAGUCUAUGAUGGAAGGCUGCUCGGACUCUGACGAGUACAGUAGUUUAUACGGCCAGCAGACACAGCAAUCAAGAGAAGCCCUUCUACAGACAAACGCCACCUCAACCCUCUCCGAUGUGGACCACACAUUCUCAUCAGAAAACCUCACAAUCUCCUCAGAAAGCCCAAUUGUGCCAGUUAAAUCGCCACGCAGCAACACAGUAUCAUCGGCUGGUCAGUCAAGCAACCAAAAUGAGAUGGACGAGAGGGAGUUUCUCAACAGCUGCAGGGACGCUGGGGUGGUCCACAUACUCGGGAACACUGUGAUCAAAGCAAGAAGGGAGUCGAGGUUCUACAAGAAGAUAGCCGUCGAUUACAUAUACGCGUUCCUUAGGAAGAUUUGCAGGGAGAACAGUGUCAUAUUUAAUGUUCCCCAUGAGAGUCUGUUGAACGUUGGGCAAGUAUUUUAUGUAUGA